AGUAACAGCAGCUGCGGUCAGUGAGUGAAGGAGGGCAGCUGGUCGGAGGGGCCGGGAGAGUCACCGCGGGAGAAGAGCCCAGGCAGGACACGUCGUUUAGCCCGGGAUUUCUUUCGAGUGUAUGUGGAGUACCGGCGACUCAAGAUGAAUCGAAUAACGGGCCGAUCAGGCGGCGACAGUCUGAUUGAGAUGAGCCCCACCGACUCUUUUAAUGAGGAUUUAAAUGGCUACCACCACCAGGCCUCCUCCAGCGACGGGUCGCUCCAUCCUGGACAGUCUCGGUAUCGCCCCACCGCUGAUGUGCUCGUGGACACCUGCGAGUCUCUUAAAUCCAGCAUCUCCUCCCUGUCUGGGUUGGACCGGAGUGAAGGGUCGAAUGUUGAGGAUCAGACUUUAGAGAGAUUAAGCACUCUGACCGGGCUCUCGAGAAAGCGGGCGCUAUUCCUGAAGUUUCGUUCGAGGGUUGACAAGCACCAACAAAGCAAAGACUCAGUGUUUUUCCGUGACGGACUGCGGAGAAUUGAUUUUGUCUUAUCGUAUGUCGACGAUAAGGACGGAGAGAGGAAGCAGGAGAGAAGAAAGGUUUAUGAGGCCAAUCUUGUCAAAGUUGGAUUGGAGCUGGAGACGGAAAAUAAAUCGGAGUCAGAGGAUGGAAAGACUUAUUUUGUGAAGAUCCACGCACCAUGGGAGGUGUUGGCCACCUACGCUGACGUCCUCAAGAUCAAGGUCCCGUUCAAGGCCAACGACAUCCCAAACAACCGGGAGAUGCCCAUGAACUGGCUGUCGACUCCCUUCCGUCUGCCUGAUGACAUCAUGCACCCGGAGCCGGACUACUUCACCGCCCCCUUCAACAAGAGCAAGUCGGACUUCUUCCUCAUCGACGACAAAGACACCUUCUUCCCUCCAUCUACCCGCAACAGGAUAGUCUUUUACAUCCUGUCCCGAUGUUCUUACAUCAGUGAAGAAUGCGGUGAUAAAGACAAGAAGGGGAUCAAGAGGCUGCUCAACAACGGCACCUACACAGCUGCCUUCCCUCUGCAUGAUUCAAGAUACUGGACCCGAUCAAAGGAUUUGAACUGUGAAAGCGAGAGGUACAAUCUCUACAAGCACUGGGCCGGAUUCUUCUCCUUCUUCAAAGAGCAGCCCCUAAACCUGAUCAGGAAGUACUAUGGAGAGAAGAUUGGCAUCUACUUUGCAUGGCUGGGCUUCUACACAGAGAUGCUGUUGUUUGCUGCCAUUGUAGGAACCAUUUGUUUUGUCUAUGGAUUCCUCACUUAUGAUGACAACGAGUGGAGUAAGGAAAUAUGCAGUGAAAAAGUUGGGGGGAAUAUUGUCAUGUGUCCACUGUGCGACAGAAAGUGUAGCUUCUGGAAACUCAACACAACAUGCAACUCCUCUUGGCAAUCACAUCUAUUUGACAACGUGGGGACGGUGUUCUUCGCCAUAUUUAUGGGAAUCUGGGUGACAUUGUUCCUGGAGUUCUGGAAGAGGCGCCAGGCCCGUCUGGAGUACGAGUGGGAUCUGGUCGACUUCGAAGAGGAGCAACAACAGCUGCAGCUUCGGCCGGAAUAUGAGACCAAGUGCACCAAUCGCAAGCUGAACCGCAUCACCCAGGAAACAGAGUUGGUUCUUCACAGGACCCCCACUGAUCUGUUGGGCAAAUGUUUUCUGUGCUGGGCCACCGUAGUGCUCUGGAUCUCAUUGAUCAUUGCCUGCAUCAUUGGAGUGAUAGCGUACCGUCUGGCAGUGUACGCAGCCUUCGCCAGCAUCAUGAAGGACAGUCCAACAUCGCACCUGCAGGUGGUCGGCCCUUACAUCACUCCACAGCUGGCCACCUCUGUCACGGCAUCCUGCAUCAACUUUGUGAUCAUCAUGAUCCUCAACCUCAUGUAUGAAAGGGUGGCUGUCUGGAUCACUGACAUGGAAAUCCCCAAGACCCAUUUGGAGUAUGAGAAUAAGCUGACAGUGAAGAUGUUCCUCUUCCAGUUUGUCAACUACUACUCCUCCUGCUUCUACGUGGCUUUUUUUAAGGGCAAGUUUGUUGGCUAUCCUGGGAAAUAUGCUUACAUGUUUGGCUCGUGGAGUUCGCUCAGAAAUGAAGAGUGCGACCCUGGCGGUUGUUUGAUUGAGUUGACCACGCAGCUGGUGAUCGUGAUGACCGGUAAACAAGUGUGGGGAAACAUCCAGGAGGCUCUCGUGCCGUGGUUGAUGAACUGGUGGGGGAGCAGGCGAGCCCGAUGCCACCCUGAGAGUCUCUACAGCCGCUGGGAACAGGACCACGACCUGCAAGGCUUUGGGCAGUUGGGCCUUUUCUAUGAAUACCUGGAAAUGGUGAUUCAGUUUGGAUUCAUCACUCUAUUUGUGGCCUCCUUCCCCCUGGCUCCACUGCUGGCGCUUAUCAACAACAUCAUUGAGAUUCGAGUGGAUGCGUGGAAGCUCACGACUCAGUUCAGACGCCCUGUCGCGGCCAAAGCUCACAGCAUCGGAGCCUGGGCCGAAAUCCUCGGCGGCAUUGCGGUCCUCUCCGUCGUCACAAAUGCUUUCAUCGUGGCCUUCACCUCUGACAUGAUCCCUCGACUGGUCUACAUGUACGCGUACCAGCCGGAGAUGACCAUGAAGGGCUACAUCGAAAACAGUCUGUCUGUGUUUGAGAUCUCAAAGAUCCCACUGGCCAAUAGCCCGGAGGAAGGCGAGAACCCCUCAUGGUACAAUAGCUCCAUCACCACCUGCAGAUACCGUGAUUACCGCUACCCUCCUGGUCACGAGAAAGAGUACUCACACACAAUGCAGUUCUGGCACAUCCUGGCUGCAAAGAUGGCCUUCAUCAUCAUCAUGGAGCAUGUGGUGUUCAUGGUGAAGUUCUUCGUGGCCUGGAUGAUUCCAGACGUUCCAUCUGACGUCAGAGCUCGUGUGAAGAGAGAGCGUUACCUGGUCCAGGAGUAUCUACACAACUACGAGGUGGAGAAACUGAAAGUACAGCUCAGCCAAGCGAGCGAGUGCACAUGUCCUCCCAUGAUCUAUCCGUCAUUACCCAAACAUGAAGUGCUGUCCGAGUGCCUCUAGUCCUGCGAGCGGCUCGUCCCUGUGGAGCGGACGCUGGCGUUGGUCAGCUGCCUGUCCUGUUGUGAUCACAACUUUGCUGUAAUCCCAUGCAGCUGGAGCCUCGUCUCUCGACGGAUGAUGAAAGUUCUUUGCGCAUGUUCAAAUCACUUGAAUCCUUUUAUAGCUUUUAUUUUAAAGUCUAAGUGAAAGGCUGGCAAUAAGCAAAUCAAGAACAUUGUGAAUAACUGUGCCUGCAAACUUCAGCUUAUGCAAGAAUGUUUAUUUAAGGUGCCACUAAUAGACGCCAAAGACUGAAUGCCUUACUAACAAGUCACUGUGCUGUCUUUAGUUCUGCCUGCAGAACAUUACUAGGCUCACGUUGGUGUGCAGUUGUUGGAAGUCAUUCAGGGUAUUCAGUGCUGGAGUUUAUGAUGUCAUCAUCUUUAUUUUACAGUGAGACACCUUGAAGAUGUGCAACUGAUAUUCCUGACUUUGCAAACGCAAGAGUUAUUCUACCUUUUCAUCUUGAACCACACUUGUAUGUGAACAGGGAAUCAAACAAGAAUUGUGUUCAUGUUUUUGCACAAGCACGUAUUAAGAUCUACUCUGAUACUGAACUGUUACAAUGUUUGCUGCCUGUGUUCUGAAGAAGCAGUCUGUGAUGAUUGAAAGGAUCUUUAGUUUGUGCCUACAAUGCCACCGAAAACAAUCAUGAAGUAAAAAUGUAGCUUUUGUUUUUCUAUGAAGGUCAUUUAUAUUGUCGAAGGAUUUUAUUUUCAUUUAAACUGAAUCUUGUGUCAGUCUUGACCUUGCAGCACUAUCUCGCUGAUGUUGCCUUGCCAUUGUGUUUCUUGACUCAUGUCAUGUGCAUCUCCUCCUUCACCUUUAUUUUAUAUUGUUACAAUUGAUGUUUACUGUAAGCUCAAAGUAGCCUUGCCAUUCAGAUUUAUUAUCUCUUUUUUUAUAUGUUCUGUAUCUAAAUAGGCCAAAUCUGAAAAAUAAAGUCUGAAAAAUGACA